ACAGGGGUGGAAAGACUCUCGUUUGGGGUGGCAACUUYUCGGASUGCUGAUGCCUCGCCUGUCCUGAACGCAGCRUCCAUAGCUUUCAGCAGAGCUCUCACCUCAGCAUUCAGCCAGGGUUUCUGGUUCGGGUAGCAGGUUUCUGUCUUGGUGGUGAUGACAUCAUCAUCAGGACAAUUGGAAAUGAAGCCAAGAACAGAGGAGGUGUAUUCCUCCAGGUCUACCUCUCCCUCAUGAGUAGCUGCCUCUCAGAAGAUCUGCCAAUCUGUGGGCUGAAAACAGUUCUGAGCACAAAGACUGCAUGUCUGGGCCACACAGUGACCGUCUUCAUCGUUGGUCUAAUCCGUCUCAUCAGUGGACGAUAUGCUGGCACCCGGAGGAUAGAGAUGUGUUUGGAGAGGCCAAGAUGAGGAAGAGCUCUGUACGCACCGUGAAUGUUGCUGUGGACACGGUCCAGAGUGUAAGAUGGAUGAAAACUGGGCAGAGUGUCCGUCAGUUUGGCGUGGUUAAAGUCCCCCAGCUCAUGUAAAACGCCUCCGGGUGCUUCAUCUGCAUUGAGCUAACGGUGUCAUACAGCUCCUUCAAUGCUCCGUUGCCGUUAGCACCCGGUGGAAUGUAAACAAUGGUGACGAACACCCCAGUAAACUCCUGAGGCAGAUCGGAUGGCUGACAGCUGCUAACCAGUCCACAGUUCGUACACCAAUCUGCAUUCACUUACAUACAUUGUCCUGCUCCUUCUGACAUACAUUGGUUUUUCUGAGUAUUGGUCACAGUCUGCUUGGAAUAACUGAAUACUGUUAAUCUGGAAGGCUCAACAGCAUGUUGCUGUUAAGCCAGGUUUACGUUAGGCAAAGAAUGGCACAGUCCAUCUCUGCAGAAACUCUCAGCCUCAGAUGUAACAAAUCCACUAUCUUAUCCAGUGAGCAGACAUUAGCCAGAAAGAGAGUCAGAAUUGGAGGCUUCCUAGGCACCAGUAACAUGCUCGCCCGUUUACCCUUUUUCUGGUUUCGGGCACAAACUUUUCUUUUGACCAUUGGUCCUGGCACCCUUGCUGUGCCAGUCCAUUAUCCUCAAGAGCCGCUGUCUCCCAAGUGUGGAUUUCAGCUUUGGCGAUAUUUUACCAGCUGAACCGUCUCCAAUGGCCAUCAGCUUAACCGAGCUGCAUUCAGCCUUAAAGUUUGUUUUUAUUCAAACCUCAGCAGUUUUCUAGUUGUCCUGCUGAGGUAGUGACAUCAAUGUGUGACAUCACGCAGUUUGAUGUCACAAAGAGUGAUGCACAAAAAGCUGCACUCUUGAAUUCUAUGUCAUAACCAUUGCAGAACCUAGAGAGCAAGAAGGAUUGUUUCCCUACAAGAGUUUGAAGAUUUGUCCAGACAAAGUGAGUCAAAAUGAGUCAAAGCAGUAAGAGUUCGUUUUCGGAUUCAGAGGAAGAAAGAGCACUUCAAAUGAUAGCAAGAGAAAGACAGAGGCUUCAUGAUCUCUUGGAAGAAGUUGGCAGGAUGUCCUUUGAGACUCACUCUCUCAUCAAAGCAAAUGAGGAGUUAAAAAUCGAAGUACUAAAUCUAGAACAAGCAGCGUUUGAAGGAAACAAGCUUGCUCAAGAAAAGGAUGAAGAUAUUAAAAAACUGGUGGACAUGAACAUAUCCUUAGAAGAGGAUAACGCGAUCCUGGAAAAAACAUACACUGCAAUGGAGAAGAAAAACAUGCACUAUGAUAAUGAAAUUGCUGCACUGAAGCAGAAAUCCAGGGCUCUGGAGCAGGAAAAUAUCAAAUUGACCCUAAAAACCAACACUCUGCAGGAGAAAAACACCACCCUGGAGGAGGAAAACGCUGUCCUCAAGCAUCUAUUGGAGACUGAUAACACAGUUCAUGUCCAGGAAAACCCUGACCUGAGGAAGCAAAGCCAGGCUCUGGAAACAAAAAUCACCGCUCUGGAGGACAAAAACACCGCCCUCAAGAAGGAAAACUCUGUCUAUGAGCAAGGAAACUUUAUUUUGGACGGGGAAAAUAAAGUUUAUGCGGAGGAAGCUUCCGACCUGAGGCAGGAAAGAAAGGUUCUCUAUCAGAAAAACACUGUCUUAGAGAAAGAAAACGCCGGGCUGAAGCAGGAAAAAACUGCACUGGAGGAGAAAAACACCACCCUUGAAAAGAAAAACACCAUCUUCGAGGAGCUAAACACCAUCCUGGAGGAGAAAAACACAAAACUGGAGCAGGAAAACAUCGCCCUGAAGAAGGAAAAUUCUGUCUACGAGCACGUAAACUUUAUCUUGGAGGGGGAAAAUAAAGUUUAUGCUGAGGAAGUCCAUGACCUGAGGCAUGAAAGGAGGGUUCGUCUGGAUAAGAAAAACACAGUCUUGGAGAAAGAAAAAGGCGUGCUGAAGGAGGAAAACACUGCCCUGAAGGAGGAAAACACCGCCCUGGAGGGGAAAAACAGCACCCUGAAGGAGAAAAACACAAAACUGGAGAAGGAAAACAUCGCCCUGAAGAAGGAAAAUUCUGACUAUGAACAGAUAAACUUCAUCUUGGAGGGGGAAAAUAAAGUUUACGCCGAAGAAGUCUACGAUUUGAGGCAUGAAAGGAGGGUUCGUCUAGAUAAGAAAAACACACUCUUGGAGAAAGAAAACGAGGCGCUGAAGGACGAAAACACUGCCCUGAAAGAGGAAAACAAAGCCCUGGAGGAGAAAAACAGCGCCCUGGAAGAUAAAAACACUGCCCUGGAAGAGAAAAACACCAUCCUGCAGCAGGACAACUUCACGUUGGAAGGGGAAAAGAAAGUUUAUAUUGAGACAUUCUCCAACCUGAGGCAGGAAAGAAAGGUUCUGCAUACGAAAACCACUAUCUUGGAGAAAGAAAACGCAGCAGUGAAGGAGGAAAACGCCACCCUGCAGCAGGAAAACAAGAAAUUGGUGGAACAGCACAACCAGGAGCCAUCUCAUGACGAAGCCCACAAAGACAUCCAGUCGGGUACAACCCAGCCACAGAAGGAGCCACAUCGUUUCAGACGUGUAAUCGGAGGCAUCUGCAAUACACUGCUGAAAAUGUAUCAAACAGGCACUCUGAGGUACUGGGUUGAACUCUGAGGUACUGGGCUUCGUGGCUUCUAACUAAAGAAGUGAACCUCCAGGGCUUUAUUUAUAUGGAGUCCUAUUGAUCUCCCAGCCUGCUUCCACCUCCUUCCGUGAC